UGUCAUGUGACUCACACGAGCGCUCGGCAGUGGGAUUAGCGAAUUCGAGUUAGCACAUCUUUACAAAGUGAAACUCCGCAUUCCUAGUGUACUUCAUCACUCCACUGCAAUGGAAAAGUGACAGUUACUUUAUAGAGCAAAGACUUUGUGGUUGUCAAGGAUUAAAUUGCUUUAAAUGUGUCAGUGUUGACCGAGUUAGGCCGCGGUAACAUCUUUGUUUUAGUCACAGUAACGUUAAAUGAAAACUAUGGACUCGAGAUGUAAACAAUCGUGUUAAACCUUCCCGGGAAUUGACACCUGGGGAAAACAUACAACCGCGAUUCAUGCCGUAUGCUAAAUCGCGAUACCCCGUUUAACCUGGAUAUUCAGAAUGAACGGCACACAGCAAAAUGACCUAAAAAGACAAAACCUGUUAGAGAGACUCCUUGAUGCAGUUAAACAGUGCCAAAUCCGCUUUGGUGGAAGGAGGGAGAUCGCCUCCGAUUCAGAUAGCAGAGUCAUAUGCCUGUGUGCUCAGUUUGAAGCGGUACUUCAGCACGGCUUGAGGAAAAGUCGUGGCUUAGCCCUCACAGCAGCUGCUUUAAAACAAGCUGCCGGAUUUAGCAGUAAAACUGAAGCAGAGCUGACGUUCUGGUUUUAUGUAAAGGAGCACUUAAACCGCCAUGAGCUGCAGCGUUUCUACUCUCUGCGGAAUAUCACGUCUGAGCUGGGACGGGGCCGAGCGUGGCUGCGCUGUGCCCUGAAUGAGCACUCGCUUGAGCGUUACCUUCACAUGCUGCUGGCUGACCGAGCUCGCGUUAGUGCCUUCUAUGAAGAAUGGGCUUUUGUCCUGGAUGAGGAGAGAGCCAGUAUGCUGCCUACAAUGGCUGCAGGGCUCAAUUCCAUCUUAUUUGCCAUCAACAUUGACAACACGGAUCUAAACGGGCAGAUUCGCGGAGGGUCGUCUGUGUCCCACCUCCUUAAAGAGUCCACCCAGGGCAUGAGCAGUUUAUGGAAGGAGUCUACCCAGGGUGUAAGCACGCUCCUGCGGGAAAUUGGUACUGCCACUGCAGUGGUUCCUGGUUUUAUUCCACGCACAGAUGUUCAGUCAGACCCGCUGCCUGUCCUGCCUCGCAGCACUUCUGCAGAUUCAGGUUUGAAGAAGGAGCGCAGGCGGAAAAAGAAGAUAACACACAUCAUCUCUUUUGACGAUGACUUGGACGGGGGUGCGGAAGAUGAUGACGAGGCAGGUGAGGAUGUUGUGAGGAGUCUCGGGAAGAGUGUGGUGGGUCAUGUGAGUUCUGAGGAGGCUCUGGAUCCUCCAGACUCCAUUUAUCCUACUCAGAACGGACUGACCGAGCCAGGGAUUGUGAGCUGGGAGGAAACACCUCCACAGAACGGAGUCCUGCCUGAUACCAAGAGCAUUGAUAAUGAAGAGGAGGAAGAGGAGGAUAUUUAUGGAAAAAGCAGGCCAGAGUUGCAAGAGGAUCUUGGGAGUGAGGAGCCGAUGGUUGUUGGGAGCUUGUCCAGUAUUUCCACAUGGAGUCCAAGGCAACUUAUCAGUGAAAAUGAAAAUGACGUUGCAAAUAUUUUCAUACCUGUUGCCUCUACUGAGCUCUAUACACAAGCUGGUAGUUCAGUUGAGAAUGCCGAAUUUCAUGAACAGAAGGAGAUCUCAAGUCCACCAGCUGACAGUGAAAAAACAAGCCAACUCCAAUUUAGCAUUGAAGUCGGAUCUCCACAACAGAUUGCACCUGUGUCAAGUGUUCUGCCGACCCCUGGACUUCCUGAGUCCAUGACUGUUGCUGAACUGCGGCAAGCCAUUGUGGCCAUGAUGAAUAGGAAAGAUGAGCUCGCAGAGCAAAACACGUCUCUGCGCGGUCUUCUGGAUGGAGAGAUGGAGCACUCUGCCGGGCUCAGGCAGGAGGUGGACAGCCUGAAGAGGAGACUGGCUGAGCUGGAGGAGAGACAUGCAUCUAAAGUCCAGGCUCUCAUGAGGGAGAAUGAGGUUCUGAAGGUCCAGUUGAAGAAGUAUGUUGGUGCUGUACAGAUGCUGAAGAGAGAAGGCAGCCAGGGCAAUGAUGCAUUAAUCAUUCAGACGAAUAGCGACGGUCCGCCUCCAGCCACACAGAACAAGUCUAUGGCUGAUGUAGAGGAACUGGCUUCCAACUACGAGCGUAAACUCAUCGAAGUCGCCGAGAUGCACGGAGAACUGAUAGAGUUUAACGAGAGGCUGUACCGCUCUCUUAUGGCCAAAGACAACCUGAUCGGACAGAUGAGACAGGAACUCAUCGACUUGCGCGGCCCGGUUCCAGGAGACCUGAGUCAAACCUCCGAUGAUCCCAGCCUAUCUGACUUUGAGACAACUCAACGUGCUCUUGUCAACGUGUGGAUCCCUUCUGUGUUCCUUCAAGGUCGAGGUGCCAACACCUAUCAUGUGUAUCAGGUAUACAUCAGGAUCCUGGACAAUGAGUGGAACGUGUAUCGGCGAUAUGCUGAGUUCAGAGCACUGCACAAUAACCUGCGGUCACAAUUUCCACAGGUCAACACCUUCAAUUUCCCACCUAAGAAAGCCAUCGGCAACAAGGAUGCCAAGUUCGUAGAAGAAAGGCGGAAACAGCUGCAGUCGUACCUGCGUAUGGUGAUGAACAAACUGAUCCAGACACUGCCUGAAUUCACUGCCCAGCCCACCAAGGAGACCUUACUGCAGCUACUGCCUUUCUGCCAGGACACCCCAGCAGCCAGCGAGAGUGGAAACAAAACUGCCCGAUCCAAAGCCUCCGGCAGAUUCCCCAGACUGGGUCGCAACUCGGGUCGAGAAACCCGCAACCCCGAACCCCAGAGCGGAGACCUGUAACCUCUGAUGCGCAGGAAGGACUGCAGGCUUCUAGAACUUUAGAGUGACGUAUCAGAGGCAGUUGUGCAAGAGGUACGAAGAUUUCCCACAAUCCUCGGAGCUCAUUAGUAUGGCUGUACUGAAUCCAGAACCCUCUCUUCUAUUAUGGAUGUACAAACACCGCAGUUGGCAAAAUCAACAGUGUUUGCAGAAGGGAAAAUUUGGCACAUAUCAGUUUAGCGGUGAAACUUUGAGUUACUAUUGUGCCUAGCGAUUUAUAGCAGAUGUUGUUUUGGGCAAGAGCCAGGAUGUACUUUUUACUGCAGUGACAUGAAACUUUUAUGAGGCUGCGAUGAGAAUUGUGGUACAGUAUCAUCUAGAAAUAACUUGCACAUCAUUAUGCUUUCAUUUAUGACUUGACUGUGACAGGAGGGACUUUUUCAUUUGUAUACAUUUUGUUUCCACUCUUUGCUUAUUUUUUAUGACUGCUUUAUUAUACAUGUAGAAAACAAUCACUCUCAACCCUCUCCAUUAUGUAGAUGUUGCUCCUGAUUUACAUCCACAGUAAUUCAGCAAGUCAGCCUUGAAUGUUUAUUGAUGAAAUGCUUGUAAAGUAUUAGACGGGUCUCCUGUGUGAUGGAGCCUUUGUCUCUCUGCCCCUGAAAAGCUUCCAUUGGAAAUGUCCUGGGCAGCCAUUAUCCUCUAUGACCUGAGAGAGAACUACGGGAGCAGGCGGUGUUCCGCAUUGUGCCAAAUGAACAGGAGAGAUUUUCCUAGCGGGGGAGCCUAUGCUGAGUGACCAAGGAAAUCAUUUUGCCCUAUUUUAACUAGAAGCACAAUAAUGAUUGGCCAACAUUAAGAAUAUAUCGUUUUUAUGAUUCUUGACAAAUGUGUUGUAAAACAAAAGGUCAUGGGGAGGAAACAUGAAAUGCAUAAAUUGUCCUCUAUCAGAUGUAAAGCAGUAUGAUGUAGAAUUGCCUUCCGUCGCAUAGAAGGCUCACGCAGAUCAGUUUUAUUGUGUGCUUUCCAUGUAUGUCUGUUCACAACCUUUCGCACAGUAUGAGUAAGCAACUGUAUAUGAUGUUUUUUAAGCAAAUCUUUCUGUCCUAAAUUGGUGUGAAGGGAACAAGCUGAAUCGCAGAGCCACUGCCGCCAGCCUUAGCAAAAGAGCUUUCUGAAUACAUGAAUAAAUACACAAGUACAAACACAGAUUCAGUUUGUGUGUCAUAUUUGCAUGGGAUGCAGAUUUUUGAUGGAGGAG